GGCCACGCCCCCGCACGGGCCCGCGGAGGGCCGGGACGGCGGGACUUGGCGCGGUGGGGAGCUGCGGGACCGCGCGAGGGUGGGCUCCGCGCGCCGCUUGCCUCCGGAAGCCUAGGCUCAGCCCUGAAUCGCCCGAGCCGGCCCAGAGUCUCUGGACGAAGGUGGAACGACUGACGUGGGCGCGUCUCGGUGGCUGUGGGCCGGUUUGGCCGGGCCGUGGAGAGCCCAGCGUUCCUCCUUGGAGCCCCCUUCUCCCACAAAACUUUACCCGAAGUGAGAGAGGGUGGACGCCAGUUCACCAGUGCUUUAGGGCGUCUCAGAAUAAUGCUAUAAUAAACAUUCUUCUACCUGGAUCUUAAUGCAAAGAUAUUGGCGUUUCCAAGACACCAAGAUACAAGAUAUAUGCUUUGGAGCCCUAGGAGAAUUGUGGAUUCAAAGACCUGUAAUGGCCAGAUACUACAGCGAAGUUCAAAGUUUGCAGCAGGAUGAUUCAGUUAUAGAAGGAGUAAGCGACCAAGUACUUGUGGCAGUGGUGGUCAGCUUCGCUUUGAUCGCCUCUCUCCUGUAUGCACUUCUCAGAAAUGUACAGCAGAACAUUCAUCCAGAAAACCAAGAGCUAGUCAGGGUGCUUCGAGAACAACUUCAAACAGAGCAGGAUGUCCCUGCUCCUGCUCGACAGCAGUUCUACACUGAGAUGUACUGUCCAAUCUGCUUACACCAAGCCUCCUUUCCUGUCGAAACAAACUGUGGACAUCUCUUUUGUGGUUCCUGCAUAAUUGCAUACUGGCGAUACGGGUCUUGGCUUGGCGCAAUCAGUUGUCCUAUCUGUAGACAAACGGUAACUCUACUCCUCACAGUGUUUGGUGAAGAUGAUCAAUCUCAGGAUGUUGUAAGAUUGCGUCAAGAUGUGAAUGAUUAUAACCGGAGAUUCUCAGGGCAGCCUAGAUCUAUUAUGGAAAGAAUCAUGGAUCUCCCUACCUUGCUGAGACAUGCAUUCAGGGAAGUGUUUUCAGUCGGGGGUCUCUUCUGGAUGUUCCGCAUUAGGAUAAUGCUUUGUUUGAUGGGGGCUUUUUUCUAUCUAAUAUCCCCUCUAGAUUUUGUACCUGAAGCCUUGUUUGGAAUUCUGGGCUUUCUAGAUGACUUCUUUGUUAUCUUCCUGUUGCUUAUUUACAUCUCCAUUAUGUAUCGAGAAGUGAUAACCCAAAGACUAACCAGAUGAGAGAAAUUAGUUUACUAGAGUAUUGGAGCUUAUAUAAAAAUCAAACAAAAGGAUCCAUGGCCGUAUCGAUCACCCAGAUAUUAUUUUACAUGCCUAAAACACUUGGUUAUCAUUUGACAAAUGCCUAAGAAUAUACAACUGGAACAUUUACAUACUACA